AUGGAAGACAAGCCGGAAGACAAGCCCGAAGACAAGCCUGAAGACAAGCCUGAAGACAAGCCUGAAGGCAAGCCUAAAGACAAGUCUGAAGACAACUCUGGAGACAAGCCGGAAGACAAGCCUGAAAACAAGCCCGAAGACCAGCCCGAAGACAAGCCUGGAGACAAGCCUGGAGACAAGACUGAAGACAAGCCUGAAGACAAGCCCGAAGACAAGCCCGAAGACAAGCCCGGAGAAAAGCCCGAAGACAAGCUGGAAGACAAGCCGGAAAACAGACCGGAGGAACAUCCUGAAGACAAGCCGGAAGAAAAGCCCGAAGACAACCCCGAAGACAAGCCUGAAUACAAGCAGGAAGACAAGCCUGAAGACAAGCAGGAAGACAAGCCUGAAAGCAAGCCGGAAGACAAGCCGAAAAACUAG